AUGUGUGGCCAACGGGUUGCUGAGAGCGCUGGCGCUCCAGGCGAUCGGCGGAGUGCUCAGUCUGCUGGGCUACUACGUCGUGGCAGUUCCGCUCGCGUUUUUCCUGGCGUUCCACCUCGACAUGGAGCUGGUCGGCCUGUGGAUGGGCAACGGCGCAGGGCUGUUGCUGAUCGGCCUGGUGGAGCUGUUUGUGAUCUACCGCGUGGACUGGACCAAGAUCGUGGAGGCCGCGAAAAAACGCAACCAGGAUAA